AUGGCUUUUACAAUCACUGAAGCCGAUGCCGUGGAUACGACCUCCAACGGCAAAGACAAGAAAAUCGACGAUAAUGCCAUCUCACGCCACCUAUCCAACAACGUCACCCAAGCCGAUCUCGAAGGCGAAAGCAAAGCUUACGACGUGGAAACUCAACGAGCCAUCCAAGGAGACGCUCACUUCCAUCGUCUCAGCUGGCGACGCCUAACCGUGGUCCUCAUCGUCGAAGCCAUUGCCCUAGGAAGUCUCAGUUUACCUGCGGCGUUUGCAACCCUAGGCAUGGUGGCGGGAGUGAUUCUCUGUGUUGGCGUUGGACUCGUGGCCAUGUAUGCGAGUUAUAUCCUUGGAAAGGUGAAACUCAAAUACCCUGAGGUUGCUCACUAUGCGGAUAUCGGGAGAUUGAUGAUGGGAGGAGUCGGGUCGAAAUUGUUUAGCAUUAUUUUUGCUUCGCAGUUGAUUCUGGUUACUGGGUCGCAUUGUCUGACGGGGACGGUUGCUUUUGAAACUAUCACUGGGAGCGGAGUCUGUUCUCUUGCUUUUGGCGUUGUUUCGGCUAUUAUACUCUUUUUGCUGGCGAUUCCACCGUCGUUUACGGAGGCAGCGAUCUUGGGCUAUAUCGAUUUCGCUUCCAUCAUCAUAGCUAUUGGCAUCACCAUGAUUGCCACUGGUAUUCAGAGCUCAUCUCAGCCUGGAGGCUUGGGAGCUUCAACUUGGUCUGCCUGGCCUCAGAAGGAUUUGACAUUUUCAGAGGCAAUCGUUGCGGUUAACAGUAUUGUUUUCGCAUAUGCCUUUGCUGGUGCUCAGCCUUCCUUCAUGGACGAGAUGCACACACCCAAGGAUUAUAUCAAGUCCAUUUGGUGGCUUGGAAUCAUCGAAGUCGUUAUUUAUACUGUCACAGGGGCUGUCAUCUAUGCCUUUGUAGGCCAGGAUGUUCAAUCACCUGCCUUGCUAUCAGCUGGAUCAGUCGUUUCUAGAGUUGCAUUUGGCGUGGCGCUCCCUGUCAUCUUCAUCUCGGGCUCAAUCAACACCACUGUCGUUGCUCGCUUCAUACAUGGCAGGAUAUACAGAAACUCCAUCACUCGUUAUGUGAAUACAGUCAGAGGCUGGGUGUCCUGGUUGGUAGUCGUUGGGCUUGUGACGUUGGUUGCAUGGAUCAUCGCCGAAGCCAUUCCCUUCUUUUCGGAACUAUUGUCGAUCAGUUCCUCCCUUUUCGUGUCUGGACUCUCUUUUUAUCUACCUCCAGUGAUGUGGUAUGUUUUGCUCAAGGAAGGAAAGUGGUAUGAGAGAAAGAAUUGGAAGACUGCCUUUUUCAAUGGCAGUGUCUUCAUUAUUGGCAUGAUAAUCCUCGUUUGUGGCACCUAUGCUAGCAUUGUCGAGCUGAUUCAUAAGUUUCAGAGACAUGCUGUUAAUAGGCCAUUUACAUGCCAGUCCCUUGCUUAA